AUGUAUGAAAUAGAAAACAGAGUGCUGGCCAUUGACGACUUUACUAAGGAAGCUGUGAGAAUAUUUAAGAAGACAUUGGAUAUCUUUUCUCAUUCUGAUAAAGGCCCAAAUGCCACGGCUAUUUCAGCAGACUGUCUGUAUAACUUGGGUCUUUGUUACAUGGAGGAAGGCAACUUACAAAUGGCACUAAUAGAUUAUGGAAUUGUGCUGCUUCUUCAUGCUGGAGAAACUAUAACAUUAAACACCUUCAUCAAUCGUGGACUCAUCUACUCAGAACUAGAACAGUAUGGUUUUGCAUUAGAGGAUUUCAAACAAGCUGCACUGAUAAGCGAGACUAACGUGAACCUUUGUCAAGCUGCCGCCAUGUGCCAUCACAGAAUUAAAGAGUUUGAAGAAGCUGUCAAUUUCUUCACCUGGGCUAUUAAAAUUAACCCGUGUUUUCUGGAUGCUUACAUUGGACGGGGAAAUUCUUACAUGGAAUAUGGUCAUGGUGAAGCCACCAAUCAAGCACAGAAGGACUUUCUGAAAGCGUUGCAUUUUAAUCCAUCAUAUGUAAAAUCCAGAAUUAGUUUAGGCUAUAAUUUGCAGGCCCAAGGAAAAUUCCAGAAAGCUUGGAGGCACUUUACCAUUGCUACAGAAGUUGAUCCAAAGAGCUACCUAGCCUAUGAAGGAAGAGCUGUGGUCUGUCUUCAGAUGGGUAAUAAUUUUGCUGCAAUGCAGGAUAUUAAUACUGCCAUAAAGAUCAAUACUACAGCAGAAUUCUUAACAAAUCGUGGUGUGAUUCAUGAAUUUAUGGGUCAACGACAGAAUGCAAUGAAAGACUAUCAAGCAGCAAUUUCUUUAAACCCCAAGUACUCACUUGCUUACUUUAAUGCAGGAAAUAUCUACUUUCACCACAGGCAGUUUUCCCAGGCCAGUGACUACUUCUCAAAGGCUUUAAUGUUUGAUCCAGGAAACAAAUAUGUUCUCAUGAAUCGAGCUAUUGCAAAUACAAUAUUAAAGAAAUAUGAAGAAGCGAAAGAAGAUUUUGCAUAUGCAAUUGAAAGCUGUCCCUUUUGGGCUGCAAUAUAUUUUAACAGAGCACAAUUAUACUGCUGUUUAAAACAAUAUGAACUAGCUGAGGAAGACCUUAGUAAAGCCCUGUCUUUGGUGCCUAAUGAUGCUGUAGUAUAUAAUCUUAGAGCAAAAGUUCGUGGUAAAAUAGGCCUGAUUGAGGAAGCUAUGGCUGACUAUAACCAAGCACUUGAUCUUGAAGAAUAUGCCUCAGUUACAUAA